CCCGAGUAAACAGCGCUCGAGAAUUUAUUUCCUAAUUACUCAGUCCGGCGAUAUCUCAGCGAAUAAAACCCAUUUAGAGCAAAAUAUCUGGAAAAUACACGCACUUGCGAGACCUCGAAGAGUUCAGUUCCUUGUGGUGGUAUCGCCAAAUUUAUUGAAAUUAUUCCUGAGGUCCUCGUCAAAAUGGGUUACAGUCAGAUAUUUUUUGUGAAUAUUUUAAUUAUUGUGGCCGCACAUGGGUGCGUGGAAAAAAUUAUACGGGAGGAGAGAACCAGAAUUGUGCCUUUGAACACCAAAGCGGGUCAAACUGAAAUGAUCAAUGAAACCUACAGCGUAACCACUGAGAUAUGUUGCGAGGGAUAUUCAAAAAACAAAGAAUCGGAAAAGUGUGAUCCAGUUUGCGAAAGCUGUGAUAAUGGCGUUUGCGAAAAUCCUGAUAUUUGCGUCUGCAAUGAUGGCUACGAAUAUAGCGAAGAUACGAAACGAUGCGAACCGACGUGCGACAACUGCAAAAAUGGGAUAUGUAAAGCUCCAAAUGUGUGCACUUGCAACGAAGGAUACCAAAUGAGCAACGAAACCAACAUUUGCCUACCAGUUUGUGAAAAUUGUCUCAAUGGAAGUUGCAUUGCACCCGGAGUAUGCCGCUGUCUGGUGGGUUACCAGCUAAAUGAAAAAACAAAGCUCUGUGAAAUCAACAAGGGCUGCAAGACUUUGAAGGAGGAUGGGUCAUGUGGCUGCUAUGAAGGAUACAUUUACGACGCAGAUAGGAAGAGAUGCGAACCAUUUUGUGCAAUCUGCGAGAAUGGAGAUUGCACUGAUCCCGGAGUUUGCAUUUGUUUACCCGGCUAUGAAAAUAGGAAUUCCAGCACAGGAAUUUGCGAACCAGUUUGCGAAACUCCUUGCGAAAAUGGAUCCUGUGUAAGACCUAAUACUUGCGAAUGCGACGCAGGCUUCCAGAAAUCCAGUGAUGGUAGCCAAUGUGAACCCAAGUGCGAAAAAGGAUGCGAAAAUGGGUCAUGCGUAAGACCCAACAUUUGCGAAUGCGAUAAAGGCUUCCAGAUAUCCAAUGAUAGUGGUCGAUGUGAACCCAGGUGCGAAAAAGGAUGCGAAAAUGGAUCAUGCGUAAGACCCAACAUUUGCGAAUGCGACGCAGGCUUCCAGAUAUCCAGUGAUAGUGGCCGAUGUGAACCCAAGUGCGAGAAAGGAUGUGAAAAUGGUUUAUGUGUUGGGGUGAACGAAUGCGAAUGUUUAGAUGGAUUCAUCAAAGCCGCCGAUUCAAUUAACUGCAUUCCGGCUUGUACGAAUAACACGUGUCAAAACACAUCAGUUGCUGGAUGUCAGCCAUCCAAGGACUGCGAUUGUGAGGGACCAAACGGACCUUGCAUUUCUCGCAAGUCGUAUCAUUGGAUAUUCAUUACAGUUUUAAUACUUAUCGGGGUCGUUUUGGUCGUUGCUGCUAUCGCUAUUGGACUGAAAAUGAUUCAGACAAAAAAUCAAAGUGGAUCUUAUAUGAUUCCGGCAAAAAGGACCAGUUCCCGGGGCGACCCAUUAUCAGAGAGAGAGACUGGUGUAAAAGAAUAUUCUAGAGAAGCUUUUGUAUAGUCGCUAUAAUUAAGAAAUGAGCAAUGUACGAUAUUACGCUGAUAUAUUAAGAAUAUGAGUAACUUAAAUUUAGUAAAUUAUGUAGAUAAUAUUUAUAAUGAAGAAAAAUUUAAA